GACAGUUUAUUUCCGGACUAUGGGACGAGGCUGGGGUUUCCUCUUCCCCGUAGCGGCUGCCCGCAUCGACGCCGCCAUCAUGUCAGACACGGACAGCGAUGAAGAUUCCGCUGGAGGCGGCCCAUUUUCUUUAGCCGGUUUCCUUUUCGGCAACAUUAAUGGAGCCGGGCAGCUGGAGGGGGAAAGCGUCUUGGAUGAUGAGUGUAAGAAGCGCUUGGCAGGCUUGGGGGCUUUGGGUCUGGGCAGCCUGAUCACUGAACUCACAGCAAAUGAAGAAUUGAUCGGGACUGACGGUGCCCUGGUAAAUGAUGAAGGAUGGAUCAGGAGUACAGAAGAUGCUGUGGACUAUUCAGACAUUAAUGAGGUAGCAGAAGAUGAAAGCCGAAGAUACCAGCAAACAAUGGGGACCUUGCAGCCCCUUUGCCAUGCAGAUUAUGAUGAGGAUGACUAUGAUGCUGAUUGUGAAGACAUUGAUUGCAAGUUGAUGCCUCCUCCACCUCCACCCCCAGGACCAAUGAAGAAGGAUAAGGACCAGGAUGCUAUUACUGGUGUGUCUGAGGAUGGAGAAGGCAUCAUCUUGCCCUCCAUCAUUGCCCCUUCCUCUUUGGCCUCAGAGAAAGUGGACUUCAGUAGUUCCUCUGACUCAGAAUCUGAGAUGGGACCUCAGGAAGCAACACAGGCAGAAUCUGAGGAUGGAAAGCUGACCCUACCAUUGGCUGGGAUUAUGCAGCAUGAUGCCACCAAGCUGUUGCCGAGUGUCACAGAACUUUUCCCAGAAUUUCGUCCUGGGAAGGUGUUACGCUUCCUACGUCUUUUUGGACCAGGGAAGAAUGUCCCAUCUGUUUGGCGGAGUGCUCGGAGAAAGAGGAAGAAGAAGCACCGUGAACUAAUACAGGAAGAGCAGAUCCAGGAGGUGGAGUGCUCAGUAGAAUCAGAAGUCAACCAGAAAUCUUUGUGGAACUACGACUACGCUCCACCACCACCUCCAGAGCAGUGUCUCUCUGAUGAUGAAAUCACAAUGAUGGCUCCUGUGGAGUCCAAGUUUUCCCAGUCAACUGGAGAUACAGAUAAAGUGACAGACACCAAGCCAAGAGUGGCUGAGUGGCGUUAUGGUCCUGCUAGACUGUGGUAUGAUAUGCUGGGUGUUCCUGAAGAUGGCAGUGGGUUUGACUAUGGCUUCAAACUGAGAAAGAUGGAACUUGAACCUGUGAUGAAAUGUAGAAUGAUGGAGGACUUCAGGAAACUUGAGGAAAGCAGUGGCACUGAUCUUCUGGCUGAUGAAAACUUCCUGAUGGUGACACAGCUGCAUUGGGAGGAUGAUAUCAUCUGGGAUGGCGAGGAUGUCAAACACAAAGGGACAAAACCACAGCGUGCAAGCUUGGCAGGCUGGCUUCCUUCCAGCAUGACUAGGAAUGCCAUGGCUUACAAUGUUCAACAAGGUUUUGCAGCAACCCUGGAUGAUGACAAACCUUGGUACUCCAUUUUUCCCAUUGACAAUGAGGAGCUAGUAUAUGGACGCUGGGAGGACAAUAUCAUUUGGGAUGCUCAGGCCAUGCCCCGGCUCUUGGAGCCUCCUGUUUUGACACUUGAUCCCAAUGAUGAGAACCUCAUUUUGGAAAUUCCAGAUGAAAAGGAAGAGGCUACUUCUAACUCCCCCUCCAAGGAGAGUAAGAAGGAAUCAUCUCUGAAGAAGAGUCGAAUUCUGUUAGGGAAAACAGGAGUCAUCAAGGAGGAACCACAGCAGAACAUGUCUCAGCCAGAAGUGAAAGAUCCAUGGAAUCUCUCCAAUGAUGAAUAUUACUACCCUAAGCAACAGGGUCUUCGAGGCACCUUUGGAGGAAAUAUUAUCCAGCACUCAAUUCCUGCUGUGGAAUUGCGGCAGCCCUUCUUUCCCACCCACAUGGGGCCCAUUAAACUACGGCAGUUCCAUCGCCCACCUCUAAAGAAGUACUCUUUUGGGGCACUAUCUCAGCCAGGUCCCCACUCGGUCCAGCCCUUGCUAAAGCACAUCAAAAAGAAGGCUAAGAUGAGAGAACAAGAGAGGCAAGCUUCAGGUGGUGGAGAGAUGUUUUUCAUGCGCACACCUCAGGACCUCACAGGCAAAGAUGGAGAUCUUAUUCUUGCAGAAUAUAGUGAGGAAAAUGGACCAUUAAUGAUGCAGGUUGGCAUGGCAACCAAGAUUAAAAACUACUAUAAGCGGAAACCCGGAAAAGAUCCCGGAGCCCCAGAUUGUAAAUAUGGAGAAACUGUUUACUGCCAUACAUCUCCUUUUCUAGGCUCACUCCAUCCUGGACAAUUACUGCAGGCAUUUGAGAACAAUCUUUUUCGUGCUCCAAUUUAUCUUCAUAAGAUGCCAGAAAGUGACUUCCUUAUCAUUCGCACAAGACAAGGUUACUAUAUUCGGGAAUUAGUGGAUAUUUUUGUGGUUGGACAGCAGUGCCCCUUGUUUGAAGUUCCUGGGCCCAACUCCAAAAGGGCCAAUACACAUAUUCGAGACUUUCUCCAGGUGUUUAUUUACCGCCUGUUCUGGAAGAGUAAAGAUCGGCCACGGCGGAUCCGAAUGGAAGAUAUAAAAAAAGCCUUUCCUUCCCAUUCAGAAAGCAGCAUCCGGAAGAGGCUAAAGCUCUGCGCUGACUUCAAACGCACAGGCAUGGACUCAAACUGGUGGGUGCUGAAGUCUGAUUUUCGUUUACCAACUGAGGAGGAGAUCAGGGCUAUGGUGUCUCCAGAGCAGUGCUGCGCUUAUUAUAGUAUGAUAGCAGCAGAGCAGCGGCUGAAGGAUGCUGGCUAUGGUGAGAAGUCCUUUUUUGCUCCAGAAGAGGAAAAUGAGGAAGAUUUCCAGAUGAAGAUUGAUGAUGAGGUUCGCACUGCUCCUUGGAACACCACAAGGGCCUUCAUUGCUGCCAUGAAGGGCAAGUGUCUCCUGGAGGUGACUGGGGUGGCAGAUCCCACAGGGUGUGGUGAAGGAUUCUCCUAUGUGAAGAUUCCAAACAAACCAACACAGCAGAAGGAUGAUAAGGAGCCUCAGCCAGUGAAGAAGACAGUGACAGGAACAGAUGCAGACCUCCGUCGCCUGUCACUGAAAAAUGCCAAGCAACUUCUACGUAAAUUUGGUGUGCCUGAGGAAGAGAUUAAAAAGUUGUCCCGCUGGGAAGUGAUCGAUGUAGUACGCACAAUGUCAACAGAACAGGCCCGCUCUGGAGAGGGGCCCAUGAGUAAAUUUGCCCGUGGAUCAAGGUUUUCUGUCGCUGAGCAUCAAGAGCGUUACAAAGAGGAAUGUCAGCGCAUCUUUGACCUGCAGAACAAGGUUUUGUCAUCAACUGAAAUCUUAUCAACUGACACAGAUAGCAGCUCAGCUGAAGACAGUGACUUUGAGGAGAUGGGAAAGAACAUCGAGAACAUGUUGCAGAAUAAGAAAACCAGCUCUCAGCUGUCACGUGAGCGGGAGGAGCAGGAGCGGAAGGAACUGCAGCGGAUGCUACUGGCAGCAGGCUCAGCAGCAUCAGGAAACAAUCACAGAGAUGAUGACACAGCUUCUGUGACUAGCCUUAACUCUUCUGCCACCGGCCGUUGUCUCAAGAUUUAUCGCACAUUUCGCGAUGAAGAGGGGAAAGAAUAUGUUCGCUGUGAGACCGUCCGAAAGCCAGCUGUCAUUGAUGCCUAUGUGCGUAUACGGACCACGAAAGAUGAGGAAUUCAUUCGCAAAUUUGCCCUUUUUGAUGAGCAGCAUCGAGAAGAGAUGCGAAAAGAACGGCGGAGGAUUCAAGAGCAACUGAGGCGGCUUAAGCGAAACCAGGAAAAGGAGAAGCUUAAGGGUCCUCCUGAGAAGAAGCCCAAAAAAAUGAAGGAGCGUCCUGACCUAAAACUGAAAUGUGGGGCUUGUGGUGCCAUUGGGCACAUGAGAACAAACAAAUUCUGCCCCCUUUAUUAUCAAACAAAUGCCCCACCUUCCAACCCUGUUGCCAUGACAGAGGAGCAGGAGGAAGAGUUGGAAAAGACAGUCAUUCAUAAUGAUAAUGAAGAACUUAUCAAGGUUGAAGGGACCAAGAUUGUCUUAGGGAAGCAACUAAUUGAGAGUGCAGAUGAGGUUCGCAGAAAAUCUCUGGUUCUCAAGUUCCCUAAGCAGCAACUUCCUCCCAAGAAGAAACGGCGAGUUGGAACCACUGUUCACUGUGACUAUUUAAAUAGACCUCAUAAGUCCAUUCACCGGCGCCGGACAGACCCCAUGGUGACAUUGUCAUCCAUUUUGGAGUCUAUCAUCAAUGACAUGAGAGAUCUUCCAAAUACGUACCCUUUCCACACUCCAGUCAAUGCAAAGGUUGUAAAGGACUACUACAAAAUUAUCACCCGACCAAUGGACUUACAAACGCUCCGUGAAAAUGUGCGUAAACGCCUCUACCCAUCUCGGGAAGAGUUCAGAGAGCAUUUGGAGCUAAUUGUGAAAAAUAGUGCAACCUACAAUGGACCGAAGCACUCAUUGACCCAGAUCUCUCAAUCCAUGCUGGAUCUCUGUGAUGAAAAACUUAAAGAGAAAGAAGACAAAUUGGCUCGUUUGGAGAAAGCUAUCAACCCCUUGCUGGAUGAUGAUGACCAAGUGGCAUUUUCUUUUAUUCUGGACAACAUUGUCACCCAGAAAAUGAUGGCAGUUCCAGAUUCUUGGCCAUUUCAUCACCCAGUUAAUAAGAAGUUUGUUCCAGAUUAUUACAAAGUGAUUGUCAGUCCAAUGGAUUUAGAGACCAUACGUAAGAAUAUCUCCAAGCACAAGUAUCAGAGUCGGGAGAGCUUUCUAGACGAUGUCAACCUUAUUCUGGCCAACAGUGUUAAAUACAAUGGGCCUGAAAGUCAGUAUACCAAGACUGCUCAGGAGAUUGUGAACGUCUGUUACCAGACAUUGACUGAGUAUGAUGAGCAUUUGACUCAACUUGAGAAGGAUAUUUGCACAGCUAAAGAAGCAGCUUUGGAGGAAGCAGAGUUAGAAAGCUUGGACCCAAUGACCCCAGGGCCUUACACACCUCAGCCUCCUGACUUGUAUGAUACCAACACAUCCCUCAGUAUGUCUCGAGAUGCCUCUGUAUUUCAAGAUGAGAGCAAUAUGUCUGUCCUGGAUAUUCCCACUGCCACUCCAGAAAAGCAGGUGACACAGAUGCGCCAGGGCCGAGGUAGGCUGGGCGAGGAAGACUCUGAUGUAGAUAUUGAAGGGUAUGAUGAUGAGGAGGAUGGGAAACCUAAGACUCCAGCCCCAGAAGGUGAAGAUGCAGAUGGUGAUCUUGCAGAUGAAGAGGAGGGAACUGUGCAACAGCCUCAAGCCAGUGUCCUGUAUGAGGAUUUGCUUAUGUCUGAAGGAGAAGAUGAUGAGGAAGAUGCUGGGAGUGAUGAAGAAGGAGAUAACCCUUUCUCUGCUAUCCAGCUGAGUGAAAGUGGAAGUGACUCUGAUGUGGGAUCUGGUGGGAUAAGACCCAAACAGCCCCGCAUGCUUCAGGAGAACACAAGGAUGGGCAUGGAAAAUGAAGAAAGCAUGAUGUCCUAUGAGGGAGACGGUGGGGAGGCUUCUCAUGGUUUGGAGGAUAGCAACAUCAGGUCCUCAGCAACACAGCUGUCAUGGUGUAGAAGCAGAAAAGUAAGCAAUGAAGGAACCACAAAAGGUACUUUAAAAGACUGGCCAGAGAAGUAUGAGGAAACCAGGAUACAGUUUUUUGGGAUGCCAAAGGAGAAUUUCAGAGGAUGGAAUGGUCAGCAAUGUCCAGUAUUUGCAGAAAGGCUGCUGCUGCUGCUCAGGUCAUUGCUCUUUUUCAUACUUCAGCAGCACCCCGUCUCCCGCUUUGAAGGGAGGUAAGAGAGCUUCAAGGGAAGGGGAAAUGAGCCAGGUCCAGGAUCUCGGGCAAGCUGUCUACUUCUGAUGUCGUCGUCUUCUCGCCCUGGUGUGAGUGUAGUUUCUCCUUUGUUUGAGCAUUGUUUUGAGGUGAUUUUCAAGGUCAGCCAUCCUCUCUAUAGGCCACUCCAGUGCAGGGGCCCUUUGUGAGUGGAAAUUAAUCCAAAAGUCAAUUCCCUUCAGUUUUGCUGUGCAUAAGCUAGUUAAGAGUACCUGAAAAGGGUCCUUCUCUCCAGGUUGGAGAUAGUCCUUUAAAUUUUGUCUUUUCCGGUAUGCAUAAUCCCCUGGUUGCAGGUCAUGGGGCAUCUGAUCUUCAUCCAAAGAAAUUACGGAGAUAAGCUUCAGAAACAAACUUAGAGUAUCCUUUAAUAAUGCAAUUAAACUCCGCUCCGGCUCCGGAUAAGCAGCGGCUUGGCGUGGGCUGCGCGGAGAAUGGAUGCCCUCGUGACCUAAUGUCCGGCAGGCUGUAGGGCCUGCCGACCCGGCUCGCAGGGAAUCGACCGGCUGCCUGAGUGCCUGCGCCACCCACUACCAUGAACGAGGAGGCCAUCUGCAGUGCCCUGCCCACCAUCCCGCACCACAGGCUCUCCAACUUGCGCUACCUGAGCCGCGGCGCAUCCAGCAGUGUCUUCUGCCCGCCACGCAGACUGGCGCGUUCAGGUGGCCGUGAAACACCUGCACAUUCACACCCCGCUGCUGGACAGUGAUUGGUGAAUUAUUCUCUGUAACCUGACUUCUGCCCAAUGAGUGGACCUUCCCCAACAAUCUCCCAACUCCUUAUGAGUAGACUGCUGCCAUGUCAUGAGGACAUUCAGAGAGCCAGUGGAGAGGCCUAUGUGACAAGGAAGACCUGACAGCAACAUGAGCAGUCUUGGAAGGGGACUCUCCCCCAGUUGAGUUUUUGUGUUUUUUUUGUUUUUUUUGUUUGUUUGUUUGUUUGUUUUUUUGCUGUACGCUGGCUUCUCACUGUUGUGGCCUCUCCCGUUGUGGAGCACAGGCUCCGGAUGCACAGGCUCAGCGGCCACGGCUCAUAGAAACUGAGAUAAUGUCUGUUGUUCUAAAAAAUAAUAAUAAUGAUUCGAUUAAACUUUACAUUAAUAUAACAUAACAGCAAAGAAUUAUGUGAGAGAUGAGUCUUAGUAAUUACAGAUCUCCAUUAACAAAACUGGGAUUUAACAUUCAUUGCAAAAUCUUUUUCUCUCUAAAAUUACCCUCUUUUUUACUAAAUGUAACCAAAUUAAAACUAGAUGGUUUGUAAAAUAAGUGUGGGCUCAGUAAACUUGGUUUGAUGAUUUAUAUAACUGUAAUUGAUCAUAUAGACUUUUUACUUGCUGAAACUUUUUUUUUUUUUUUUUGCGGCACGCGGGCCUCUCACUGUUGUGGCCUCUCCCGUUGCGGAGCACAGGCUCCGGACGCGCAGGCUCAGCGGCCAUGGCUCACGGGCCCAGCCGCUCCGCGGCAUGUGGGAUCUUCCCCGACCGGGGCACGAACCCGUGUCCCCUGCAUCGGCAGGCAGACUCCCAACCGCUGUGCCACCAGGGAAGCCCCCAGUUGAGCUUUGAGAUGACUGUAGCCCCUGCCAAUAUUUUGAUGGCAGCCUGCCUGAGAGCCGGAGCCUGAGGCUUUGACACUCCCAGCUAAGUUGCACCUGUUUUCCUAUAUCUGUUUCCACAGAAACUGUGAGAUAUUAUGUCUGUUGUUCUAAAAAAUAAUAAUAAUGAUUCGAUUAAACUUUACAUUAAUAUAACAUAACAGCAAAGAACUAUGUGGGAGAUGAGUCUUAAUUACAGAUCUCCAUUAACAAAACUGGGAUUUAACAUUCAUUGUAAAAUCUUUUUCUCUCUAAAAUUACCCUCUUUUCUACUAAAUGUAACCAAAUUAAAACUAAAUGGUUUGCAAAAUAA